UAUCAUUUCAGACACAUAGUACAAAAUGAAGGACCCAAAGCAUUAUUUAAAGGUCUUGGACCGAAUCUCGUUGGUGUUGCACCAUCACGUGCCAUAUACUUUUGCACAUAUUCACAAACCAAAAAUUUCCUCAAUAAUUUAGGAUUAAUGCAACCUAAUUCACCACAAGUUCAUAUUGUUAGUGCAGCUAGUGCCGGUUUUGUUUCCUCUUCCAUAACAAAUCCAAUUUGGUUUGUUAAAACACGUUUACAAUUGGACUAUAAUUCCAAAGUUCAAAUGACCGUCAGACAAUGUAUCGAACGUGUUUAUACUCAGGGUGGUAUUGCGGGCUUUUACAAAGGUAUUACCGCCAGCUAUUUUGGCAUCUGUGAGACAAUGAUACAUUUCGUAAUCUAUGAAUUUAUCAAAUCGAAAUUGAUUGAACAGCAAAAUCUCCGCCAAAAUAGGCAUCAUACGGAUACUUCAAAGACCUCCAGAGAUUUUCUUGAAUUUAUGAUGGCUGGUGCCGUAUCAAAGACUGUUGCCUCAUGUAUUGCUUAUCCACAUGAAGUUGCGCGAACGCGUCUACGUGAAGAGGGUAGUAAAUAUAAUAAAUUUUGGCAAACAUUACAUACGGUAUGGAAGGAAGAGGGUAGAGCUGGUUUAUAUAGGUAUGUUAAAUGUUCAAAAAAAAUGAAAUUGUUAAUUGGUUUUAAUAAAUUUACGCAAAAUUAUAUGAUUGAAAGAAAGGUUGAGACUAAAAUAAUCAGAAGAAGUUUAUUUACCACUGUUACCACUUGUAAAUACGUGUGAACUAUAAACAACAAAGUUUGGACAUAAGACAAAAAGUGUUGUUAUACCCUACAGCACUUUAGUGGGUAAGGUAUAUUGGGUUUGUGCUGAUGUUUGUAACAUACAAAAGAAUUC